CGAAAAGGGCGCCACCUUGUGGUGAAAUCAGCUUCUCUAUCGAAUGUAGGACCUGGUUUUCAAUCCCGUAGUUUCUCAUCAGGGAAGGGCGUCCCAGCAGCAGGUUUGUUCCACCUUAACAGCAUCGCUGCUACAUACUACUGCGUAUUCCCCCUGAACUGUACUGCUGCCUGCAAUACUGACAUCAGGAGAGUCCACUGCGUCUCCGCCGUCGGCUGAGGUGAGCCUGCACCUCGUCCCCUCCUAUUCCUCCGGUCCUCUUCGGAGCGGAAUGCGCUGAUCUCCGCUCCGUCUGUGGCAGGAUGAUUUCUGUCGUCUCCACUGUGGAGAGCGUUCCCAGAGGUACGGGCAUCCCGGCGCCGAGCCUUUACCAGCGGAUCAGGAAGGUCUUAACUAGGGACCUGUUGGUGACCCUGGCGCUGGGCCAGGUCUUGUCCUUGUUAAUCUGUGCUAUCAGUCUGACCAGCAAGUAUCUGGCUGACGACUUCCAUGCUAGCACACCAGUGUUCCAGAGCUUUCUCAACUAUAUCCUGCUGUUUCUGGUCUACACCACCACACUGGCAGUUAGGCAAGGCGAAGGGAACUUGCUGGCCAUUCUGAAGCAGCGCUGGUGGAAGUACAUGAUUCUGGGGUUGAUAGACAUUGAGGCCAAUUAUCUGGUCCUCAAGGCUUACCAGUACACUACACUCUCCAGUGUACAGCUAUUAGACUGUUUUGUCAUCCCAGUGGUUCUGCUACUGUCCUGGUUCUUUCUCUUGGUGAGGUACAAGGCUGCCCACUUUGUCGGGGCAGGACUGUGUCUGCUGGGUAUUGGCUGCAUGGUGGGAGCUGACAUCCUACUUGGUCGGCAGCAGGGCCUCGGAGACCAAAAGCUAUUUGGGGAUCUUCUGGUUCUGGGAGGAGCAACACUGUACGGGAUCUCCAACGUUUGUGAGGAGUUCAUUGUGAAGAACCUAAGCCGCGUGGAGUUCCUUGGCAUGAUAGGACUCUUCGGAUCCUUUUUCAGUGGUAUCCAACUGGCCAUCAUGGAACACAAGGAGCUGCUAAAGGUAUCCUGGGACUGGCAGAUAGGUCUUCUCUAUGUUGGUUUCAGUGCCUUCAUGUUUGGCCUGUACAGCUUCAUGCCGGUGGUGAUGAAGAGGACGAGUGCCACCUCAGUCAAUCUCUCUCUGCUUACAGCUGACCUGUACAGUCUCUUCUGUGGCCUCUUCCUUUUUCACUACAAGUUCUCUGCCCUCUAUCUGUUGUCAUUCUUCAUCAUUAUCUUGGGCCUGGUCCUUUACUCCUCCUCAUCUACCUAUGUGGCCCAGGAUCCACGAGUCUAUAAGCAGUUCAGGAACACGGGCAGCCAGCCGGCCACCGACCCACCCCAGCUCAGUGCUGGUGUCCUGGAGCCCUCUGUCACCUACACCAGCCUGGGCCCUGAGCCAGGGGAUGAGCUUCCUGUGCGUGUAGCCUAAGAUGAUCUCACAGAUCUGAAAGGGUUCAGUCUGUCAGCCUGGAGUAUCAGUGUGUCAACUGCUGCCUUCAGGUUCUGCCCACAGUUGUAUACAGAGAAAUAGCGCUGGCUAUACCCAGUCCUCUGAGCGGGAUAGCUGCGUGAUCACCCAGGUAGGUACAGGUUUUGAUUUUAUGACCUGUAUUGAGGGACAGAAUCUCCACCUCCUCAGUGACCAAGUUAAGACACAUUCAUGUACCCAAAUAUAUACCUGAUCAGUGAAUGACCAGAAUGUAAUUAAGUCAAAUAGCAAAGCAAGUGAAAAUGUUGAGUUCACUGUGAUCAAAGACUGGAGUAGAAAGUAGUGACUGUAAAUUAUCAUACAUGUAAAUAGAUGGUAUUGUAAUUUCAUUUAAUCUCCUGCUUUCUUUUUAUAUGUCAAGAAUGUUUGUGCUUAAUUCCUGUGUAUAUGCUAAAAUUGUAUUCAAUUCAUUUCUGUCUUCAUUUCAUUUCUUAUCAGAGUGAGAUCUACAGUGUAUCUAAAUCCACCAGCUCAAUAUUAAUGACAACUUUAGUCAGUAAUAAACAGGCUGGAGUUGAUGCUUACCAAUUACUACCUUUUCCUCUAUAUUUUUUCACAUGGUGAAUAUUUUGUAGGCUGAUACAAAUAUAUUUAGACUUACUGUAUAAUUAAGUUUGAUUACUUUUACACCAAAAAGCAUUCAGUAUUUACCCUCUAGAGUGUCAUUUUGACAGUGUGCAAAAGGCUUUAAAACAACAUUUAGAAAUAGAAUUUACAGUAAAUAACUGAUGAAAAAUCAAAACAACAAUGUAAUAGUGAAAAUUGUAGACUUUUUGUUUGGUUCUUGGUCUGGUGGUGGAAUGCUGUCUUGCACUGAGUACACUGCAUUGGUUCUUCCUGUCUGGAAAAACUGAUCAGUCAAAAUACAAUCAAGGCACACAGGGUGCACAGUAUUUGUUAUAAGACAGAUUUGAUCCUUCUCAGAUACACAUGGUAGCUGCUACUUUAGUGCUGUUAAGAUGCAUUUCAACACCUACUAUUACUGUCAGCUUUGAGAUAGGAGAUGGUUCAACCAAUGUAUAUGUAAAGGCAAAUGUACUAUAGCUUUUCUCUGUGUUAACACUCAAAAGAAGUGCAAUUUGGAAUCUGAUGCCAGACUUAAUGGGACUAUUCUGUUCUGUUCUUGAUCCCUUACUUGAUUGCUCUAAUCAGCCACCUCAAUUGUCUCUCCCCUCUAUAACAGCAUUCAUUCAGUUGGAGUCUUGUCACUUUAUAAGGGGCCAUUAAUCCUUCAACUGGACAAAACAUUUUUAUUCACAUAGGCGCAAGACUGAUUCCAGAACAGACUUAUCCUUAUUUGCUUCUUAUUAACUUAUUAGGAUUUAUUCUCUCACAUACAUUGAGCUGUCAGACUUGCACUCAAAUGCUGUGUCAUUAUUUCAGAAAUCACCCUCUCUGAUACUCACAGAGAGCGCCACAUGAUGGUACUUUAACAACACGCUACUUAAAAAUGGCAGAUAAUGAUAUACAGUUGAUGAUCCUUGGAUCUUUUGAUGUGCAUUCAAGGAAUUCAUAAGAGAUAACAAAAGAAAAAAAUGACUACAUCAAAAGAAACUAAUUCUGUAGUCUGUUCCUUCCAACUCUGUAUGUCUGCAGUAUUGAUGGACAAGAUAAAAUGUGAAUUUGUUUUAAAUAAUAUCCACCCUCUAACUGUGACCAAAUAGAGAAAGGCAUUACGUAGUAGAGGAAAGGGAAUUCACCAGGAUAGGAUGGGUUCAGUAAUUUUUGUUUGCUUCACUUGUCUAUCUACAUAUAAGUUUAAGUUCUUGCCUCAUAUGACAAUGCUUUUUUACGGCAACCAAACAGGAUUCAUAAAAUCUUGACUGUCAACAGAUAACAUGCCUUGGGUGCUGUGUGCUGCUCACGACAAUGCUUUGCCUUGUGUUGUAUUAAGUCUCGACAUGAAAAAGACCUAUAACAGACUUAUGGAUGUGAUGGCAGAUAAAAUCCUCAGUCCUUUCUCUGAGCACACAUAUAUUCCAAAUUUUAUCUGAAGUUAAUUUGAAAUUAACCUGGAUAUCCUCCAAAUGUGCAGCCUGUUUAGUAUAAAAUUCCCCAUUGUUUCCUUGUUGAGCUACAGUAUACAGUGACACAACAAGGGACUUUCAUACUCAAAAGACAAUGACUUUAGAAGAGAUCCAUUUCAUUUUGCUUAAUCAGACUGUUGAAGUGUCAUAUUAUCCUCAGAUUAACUUUUAAAUAUAUUUUGCAGGGAAAGAGGACUGUGGUUUUUGUCUCCCAUCAUUGGAAGCACAUAAUAAUCAUACAUUUUAUUUCUAAACGCAUUCUGAAAGAGAUCUCUUAACAGCCAGAAGAACAUGAGAUUAUUACAGAAAACAAAACCUGUAAUCUUUAAUGUUCUUAUGGGCACAUGACCACUGUUUUAACACUAAAAAAAAUGUGAACCUGUCCUUUAAUUUGGAGCUAUCUGUAGCCAGGAUGCAUGGUGGUAAAAGUGAGACCAUUCUAACCUAGCACUCCAUUUUACUUGAAGUUAAAGAAUUGAAGAAUUGAGUGCUUGACUGAGCCUCUAAUAUUAUAUUGUUGUUGUCUGAUGUAUUAUGUCAGUGGGAUCCUAGUUUGGUUUUGUCUAUGGUUGGGGAGUGUUCCAUGGGGUUAUUACUAUUUUUGAAUCUUUUUGUUUCUGUAUGUGUAUGUGUUUUCAUUUUCUAUGUAUAUGUAAAAAAUAAUAAAAACAAUUGAUAACAAAAUACAAA